AUGUCCAUCCCCGAAACUCAAUGGGCGCAGGUGGCUGAGAAGAUCGGAGGCCCGCUUGUGUACAAACAGAUACCCGUUCCUAAGCCGGGUCCUGACGAGAUUCUGGUGAAGAUUCGCUACUCAGGCGUUUGCCACACCGACUUUCAUGCUAUGAUGGGUCACUGGCCCAUCCCAGUCAAAAUGCCCCUGGUCGGUGGUCACGAAGGAGCCGGAGUGGUCGUGGCCAAGGGCAAUCUCGUCAGCAGCUUCGAGAUUGGUGACCACGCUGGCCUUAAGUGGCUAAACGGUUCAUGCUCUGAGUGUGAAUUUUGCAGACAAUCCGACACCCCCCUGUGCGCUGAUGCGCAGCUUUCCGGGUAUACUGUGGAUGGUACUUUCCAGCAAUAUGCCGUCGGAAAAGCCACUCACGCCUCUAAGAUUCCAAAGGGCGUCCCCCUUGAUGCAGCGGCUCCGGUACUCUGUGCUGGCAUUACGGUUUAUAAAGGCUUGAAAGAAUCCGGAGUUCGCCCUGGCCAGACUGUUGCAAUUGUCGGGGCGGGCGGUGGCCUUGGUUCGCUUGCUCAGCAGUACGCAAAGGCCAUGGGACUCAGAGUGAUCGCCGUUGACGGAGGCGAUGAGAAAAGAGCCAUGUGCGAGCAGCUUGGCACUGAGACCUUUGUUGAUUUCACGAAGUCCAAGGACCUUGUUGCUGAUGUGAAAGCGGCGACUCCUGAUGGCCUUGGAGCUCAUGCUGUUAUUUUGUUGGCGGUUUCAGAAAAGCCUUUCCAACAAGCCUCGGAAUACGUUCGCUCCCGUGGAACAAUCGUGGCCAUCGGUUUACCCCCGGACGCAUUUCUCAAGGCCCCUGUUAUCAAUACAGUUGUCCGCAUGAUCACCAUCAAGGGCAGCUACGUUGGAAAUCAACAGGACGGCGUGGAAGCUCUCGACUUCUUUGCCCGAGGCUUGAUCAAAGCUCCCUUUAAGUUGGCUCCUCUGAAGGAUCUCCCCAAGAUCUUCGACCUCAUGGAACAUGGCAAAAUCGCUGGCCGCUACGUGCUGGAGAUGCCGGAGUGA